AUGACGAGCCUGCAGGCGGCCCCGCGCCUCAGCCUCCACCUGACCCCGUCCGAACACCGUGGCCGGCUGCUUCCGCCGUGGAGGCUCGUCCUCUCCCCCUCCUCCUGCAGGCUUUACACUCUCAUUUCCAGACAACAUCCCAUUUGCAAUGCACAAUCAUGUGAGGUUAUCUGUUUAUCUCUUCUUAAAAAAUCUCCUCCAUGGGAUGCUGAUGAUUUACUGGUGGCCAGUGCCCAAAGCUCCACAACUGCUCUCUCAAGGUUGCUUGCUGCAGAAAGAGAGGAAGCGAAAGCUGUGCUAUCGCUGUUCUUAAGGCAGAAAGGUUUGAGAAGUGCGGUAGCUGCACGGAUCGCCAACAAAUCAGAUGGAUUCAUUGAGCACCUGAGUUCAAAGCUCCAAAGUGCUUACAGAUCUCGAUAUGCUGAAGGAAGGGAGCUGAGUACACCUGAGAUCAGAGAUGCUCUCCUUCCCUAUCUAGAAGCUCUUUCUAAAGAACAUGGGGAUAGUUUGGUUGAAGUGGUGGAGAAUUUCCCUGAUCCUUUUUCCGCGGAAAGGGAGUCCUUGUCUUACUCAAUGAUACUUACACCAACGAGCUCAAAUAAGCAGAAGGCAAUUGCUCGAGUAAGCACACCAACCUCAGGGGGAGCCCUCCCGGAGUUAGUGCUCUACCUGCUGGACUAUGGCAUGGAUCAUGAGGAGAUCAAGAAUGUCGUGCGCAAGUUCCCAGCAUUUGCGUACUACAACGUGGAUCGCAAGAUAAAGCCCCUGGUGGAGCUACUGCUUGAGCUUGGUGUGCCGAGGUCAGGCAUACCUGGAAUCAUCAGGAAGAGGCCUCAGCUAUGUGGAAUCAGCUUGACAGAUAAUCUGAAACCUAUGAUGGCCUAUAUGGAGAAUAUUGGUGUCAACAAAACUCAGUGGAGCAAGGUGAUAUGCCGGUUCCCUGCAUUUCUCACAUAUAGCAGGCAGAAGGUGGAGAUAACUGUGAGCUACCUUACUGAACUAGGAGUUUCUAAGGAAAACAUCGGCAAGAUUCUCACACGAUGUCCUCAUCUCAUGAGCUACAGUGUCAAUGACAACCUCAGACCAACUGCUGACUACUUCCGGUCGAUCGGCGCAGAUGCUGCAUCUCUUAUUCAGAAAUGUCCCCAGGCUUUUGGUUUGAACAUAGAGUCAAAGCUGAAGCCAAUCACAGAGUUUUUCCUGGAGAGAGAGUUCAGCAUCGAGGAAAUUGGCAUUAUGGUAAAUAGAUUUGGGAUUAUUCACACUCUCAGCUUGCAAGAAAAUUUGAUUCCCAAAUAUGAAUAUUUUCUGACGAUGGGGUACCCAAGGUAUGAACUCGUGAAAUUUCCACAGUACUUUGGGUACAGUUUAGAGCAGAGGAUAAAACCUCGGUAUGCUCAGAUGACUGGUUGUGGGGUGAGGUUGAUUCUGAACCAGAUGUUGUCAGUCUCAGAAACCAGAUUUGAGGAAAUUCUACAAAAGAAAUCAGGUGGAUUUUGA